UUUUUGAGGGACGCCGUUCGUGUCAACGAGGAAAACGGCCAAGUCAUUGUACGAGAAAUGCGCAUUAACAUUCUCCACACGGGUGUGAUUUCCGUGGAGGUUUGCGACACGCGCGAUUUCAGCCUUAGAUGUAAACCAUCGCUUAUUUGUGUCGCCCGUUUCCCGUUUUGAUCAUCCACCGACUAGCUUGCUCGCUUUAGCCAUUUCGCUCCCGGCCGUAGCUAGGCGCUAAUUGCCAGUUGGCUACACCCACGCGCAGUACCGCGUUCGUGCGUCUUUUGUAGCCGUCAGCGGUCAGGCGUCGUCAUGGAGUUCGCCGAGCUGAUCAAGACGCCGCGGGUGGACGGGGUGGUCCUCCACCGGCCCUUGAUGCCCCCGGUGGAGGGAACCUUGUGCCUGACGGGCCAUCACCUCAUCCUCUCCUCCAGGCAGGACAACACGGAGGAGCUGUGGCUGCUUCACUCCAACAUUGACGCCAUAGAGAAGAGGUUUGUGGGCUCCGUUGGUAGGAUCAUAGUCAAAUGUAAAGACCUCAGAGUGAUCCAGCUCGACAUUCCUGGGAUGGAGGAGUGCAUCAACAUUGCAAGCUCUACAGAGGCCCUCUCGACCCUCGAUUCCAUCUCCCUGACGUACCCUUUCUUCUACCGGCCCAUGUUUGAGGUCAUCCAUGACGGAUGGAAUUGUUUCUGUCCUCACGAUGCUUUUAAAGACCUGGAGUCCAUGACAGACGAGUGGCGGCUGAGUGAAGUCAACAAGGACUUCAGCGUGUGUCCGUCCUAUCCUCGCCUGGUGGCGGUGCCCAAGGGCAUCGACGACGAGGCCCUGCGAACGGCGGCGACGUUCCGUCACGGCGGCCGCUUUCCCGUGCUCAGCUACUACCACAAGAACAACGGCAUGGUGAUGAUGCGAGCGGCUCAGCCUCUCACCGGCACCAACGGGCGGCGCUGCAAGGAAGACGAGAAGCUGAUCAACGCCACCCUGCGGCCGGGCAAGCGCGGCUACGUCAUCGACACGCGCGCCAUUCACGUGGCCCAGCAGGCCAAAGCCAAAGGAGGCGGCUUCGAGUCGGAGGCCAACUACCCGCAGUGGAGGAGGAUCCACAAGGCCAUCGAAAGGUCCGGCGUCCUGCAGGAGAGUCUGAUCAAGCUGGCGGAGGCGUGCAACGACCAGUCGCACAACAUGGACCGCUGGCUCAGCAAGCUGGAGGCCUCCAACUGGCUGGGCCACGUCAAGGAGAUCCUGACCGCCGCCUGCCUGGCGGCCCAGUGCAUCGACAGGGAGGGCGCCUCCGUCCUGGUCCACGGCGCCGAAGGCACCGACUCCACGCUCCAAAUCACCUCCUUGGCUCAGAUCAUCUUGGAUCCCGGCUGCAGGACCCUCCGAGGCUUCCAGGGCCUGUUGGAGCGAGAGUGGCUCCAGGCGGGUCACCCGUUCCAGCGGCGCUGCGCCCAAUCGGCCUACUCCAACGGCAAAGCGCGGCAGGAGGCGCCCGUCUUCCUGCUCUUCCUGGACUGCGUGUGGCAGAUCCUGCGGCAGUUUCCCUGUUCCUUUGAGUUUGGCGAGGCCUUCCUGGUGCUGCUCUUUGAGCACUCGUACGCGUCCCAGUUUGGCACCUUUCUGGGCAACAGCGCGGCCGAGAGGGCCAAGCUGUCCGUGUCCGACAAGACGGUUUCGCUGUGGUCCUGGGUGAAUCGGCCCCAGGAGCUGGAGCGCCUGGCCAACCCGCUUUACGAGCCCAACGGUUUGGUCAUCUGGCCCUCGGUGGCACCGCAGAGCCUGCUGCUGUGGGAGGGAGUGUUCCUCCGCUGGAACCGCUCGUCCAGAUGCGCGGACGAGGCCCGCGAGGAAAUGCUGCACAUCAUCGAGUACAACAAGGAGCUCCAGAACAGAGUCAACCUCCUGCGCCGGCAGCUGGCCCAGCUGGAGACCCAAGAUCCGCUCCUGCAAACGCCCUAGAAGCGCCGCCAGGUAGAGCGCGACGUGCCGACGAGUCCUGGAGCUUUUUGUCGCUGACCAAAUGAACUUUAUUUGCUCCUGUCAAAAAAAAAAAAAACACAUUCCUCACAUUACACUGGAGGCACAAAAAUAGUGAUUGAUCAAGGAUGUAUUGAGGCUUCUCUCCUGCAAAAUAAAUACAGCAAUAAAAAUCCCCCCUCCCCCCUCCACCGUCAAUUUCAAAUGCACCGGUAUGCAGAGCAGUCAGUGUCCCCCCCAAAAAAUAAAAUAAAAAAAUA